UUUUUUUAGUCGUCUGUUAGUUAUUUAUUUUGAAUCAUGGGAAAAUUGAAGCAAAAAGGGAAAGCUGGGGCAGCUGUAAAUUACAUAAAUCGAAAUAAAGCCCUAAAAAAGCUACAAAUUUCACUUGCGGAUUUCAGACGAUUAUGUAUUCUUAAAGGAAUUUAUCCUAGAGAACCGAAAAAUAAAAAAAAAGCUAAUAAAGGUUCUACAGCUCCAACAACUUUUUAUUAUACAAAAGAUAUUCAAUAUCUUGCUCAUGAACCAGUCCUUCAAAAAUUUAGAGAACAUAAAAUAUUUUUAAGAAAAUUAAAUAAAGCAAUAGGUAAAAGAGAAUUUAGUAUUGCGAAGAAUUUAGAACAGAAUAGACCAAUUUACACAUUAGAUCAUAUCCUUAAAGAAAGAUAUCCUACUUUCACUGAUGCAUUAAGAGAUAUUGAUGAUGCUUUGUGUAUGCUGUUCCUAUUUUCUACAUUUCCCGCAACUGAUAAAAUAAAAUCAGAGAUAGUUACAAAUUGUCAAAGAAUAUGUGUUGAAUUCCAACAUUAUAUAAUUCAUACUAGAAGUUUGCGUAAAGUAUUUUUAUCAAUUAAGGGAAUUUAUUAUCAAACAGAAAUUAAAGGUCAAACAAUCACUUGGUUAGUACCUUAUCAAUUCAGUCAACAGGUUCCUGAUGAUGUUGACUUUCGUGUUAUGCUCACUUUUUUGGAAUUUUACCAAACUCAUCUUGGCUUCGUAAAUUUCAAAUUAUACACUGACGUAAAUCUAGUCUAUCCACCAAAAGUAGAUUCAUCUAAAGACGAAGGUGCAGCUGGGUUGGGUGCUCUUAUUAUCGAGACUACAAAUAAUCUCGUAGGGUUAUCUUCUACUUCACAAGAUAGUGAAAUAAAAGAGGAAUCGAAUAAUACUGAUCGUAAGGCUGAAUCCGAAAAACGACUAAAGACUUUAUCAAAGAAACUUGCAAUUAUUAAAGAACAAGUAGAACCAACAUCAGAAAUACAACCUGAUAUUACAGAAAAAUCUGAAACUACUAAUAGCGAUGACAACGCAGAAAUAAUGGAUGAAUUUACAGAACAAAAUAAUAUUUCACAAGAUCAAAAACAUAUCUCAAAGAUAUAUACAUAUCGUGAUAUACAAAAUGCAUCAGUUGCUUUAACAGAAUUCGAAAAUCUGUUUUCUAAUUGUAUUUUUUACUUGUCACGUGAAGUUCCAAGAUAUUCUUUAGAAUUUAUUAUUCGUGCUUUUGGUGGUCAAGUUGGUUGGGAUGAAACAUGUGGUAUUGGUUCCCCAUUUAAUGAAAGUGAUGACCGUAUUACACAUCACAUUGUUGAUCGUCCUACUUUAAGUCAUAAGUCUUUACUCCGUAUAUAUGUUCAACCGCAAUGGGUUUAUGAUUGUGUUAAUAUUAGAAAAUUAUUAAAGACCGAACCAUAUCAACCCGGUAAAACUUUACCUCCUCAUUUAUCACCUUUUGUUGAAUAUAAGGAAGGCGAUUAUGUACCUGAUGCUAAGAAUGAAUUUGAAGGUGAUAUGGAAAGAAUGGAAGUGUCAAAUGAACAAGAUACAGAAGAGGAGGAAAGUUCAAAUGAGGAAGAUGAUAGCGAUGAUGAUAAGCCCGAAAUAUGUUCUUCUCACGACAAAAUAACAGUUAAAGUUAAUGAGUCCGAAAAUGAUGAUAUGAUUCAUCAAAUGGAACUUGAAGCUGAAGCAACAGGAAUAUCAUUUUCUAAAUAUCAGGAACAGCAAGAUCGACUUGCAAAAAGACAAAAAACUCAAGGCACUAAUAAUACUAAAGCUCAACAAUCUUCUAUUCAAACUGUAACUGGUAAAAAACGUGCAGCCAAAGAAAUUGAAGAAAAAGAAGUUAAAGAAUUGGCAAAAAUAAUGAUGACAAAGAAACAAAAAACCCUCUACAAUAAAAUCCAAUAUGGUAAGAAAAGACAGCAAGAAAAAGUUGAAAAUUUACAACGUAAAAAACGGGAAAUUAUUUCUCAACAUAAGAAAAGACCUACUAGUAAUAAUAAUAAUGAUGAUAAUAAUAAUUCAAACAAGAAAAAAACGAAACAUAAAGAAUAAAAUAGAUAGCUUAAGUAAAUUCUUUUUUUAAAAAAGAAAAAAUUUUUGGAUCUUUUUUUUUUUUUUUGUGUAAAUUGUGUCAUUAGACACAAAGCAUAAUAUCAUGGAUUAAAGUAGAAAUACAGUUUACGAAGCAAAUUUGCAAUUACAAAAAUUACAAAAUAUUGCUACGCUCAUACGGUUUUUAAGGUAUUGUUUAUGAUAUAAUAUAUAUAAAGUAUUGAUCAUAAAAAAUUUUCUAAUAUAAAGAAAUGGAAAAGGAGAAAAAAA